AUGCAGCCGAAAGAGAAUUCUCUAGAGGAUACCCUAAAAGCUUUUAUGGAUGCGCAAAAUAAGACGAAUCAAAGAGUUGAUUCAAUGCUCACGCAGCUGGUGGAAGAGAACAAGAAAUUAAAAAGUCAGAUCACAAAGCUGACAGAAGCUUUAACCAUUCAGGUGCGCGGUAAAUUUCCAUCACAAGCCCAGUCCAAUUUGAGAGGACAACACAUGGCUCAAACUUUCAACUCUGAAGGUCAAAAUAUCAAGGAAGUUAACCCCAUCUUUACUCAAAGUUGUAAGAGUUUUGACAUGCCAUCAACAAGUACAACCACUUCGAGUAAUGAAGAAUCAGCUCAGGAGAGAGAAGAGCCAACAAAAAUUUUGGUAAGGGUGCCUUUCCCCCAAGCUCUCCGACCUGCUGGGAAAGUGCCGAAAAAUCAAAGUGAUAUUCUAGAGCACUUGACACAAUUAAAGAUCAAUCUUCUCUUACUACAUGUGAUCAAACAAGUGCCGGCCUACGCCAAGGUUAUAAAGGAUCUGUGCACCAUAAAGAGAAAGUACAAUAUCAAGAAAACUGCAUUCUUGACAGAACAAAUCGGGACACAUGAAUUCGGCCAAGCAUUACUAGACCUAGGAUCGAGCGUUAACCUCAUGCCUUAUUCGGUCUACUCGCAAUUGGGUCUUGGACAAAUUAAGCUCACAUUCAUGGUUCUGCAACUGGCCGAUAGAUCCAUUAAGAGACCACGGGGAAUAGUGAAAGACGUUCUGUUGCAAGUCGACAAGUUUUAUUACCCCGUGGACUUUCUUGUCUUGGAUACAUAA